AGCAGCGGCGCCUGCGCACUGAGGGGAAAUGAGGACUUAGUCUGUUACACAACUGGCCGCUGUGUUGAGUGAGGGGGCUGCACUCUCCCUUCGGCCUCAGACUCUGCUGCUCCCAGGCGCCUCUGCUCCUGUGUAGGCCUCCCCACCAGCCGGCAUGAGCGGGGACCAGCUGCACAACGACUCCCAGAUCGAGGCGGAUUUCCGAGCGAACGAUUCUCACAAACACAAAGAUAAACACAAAGACCGAGAACACCGGCACAAAGAGCACAAGAAAGACAAGGAAAAAGACCGGGAAAAGUCUAAGCACAGCAAUAGUGAGCACAAAGAUUCCUCGGAGAAGAAACACAAAGAGAAAGAGAAAACCAAACACAAAGAUGGCAGCUCAGAGAAACACAAAGACAAACACAAAGAUAGAGACAAGGAGAAACGAAAGGAAGAAAAGAGCAAAUCUUCUGGUGAUGUAAAAAUAAAGAAGGAAAAGGAAAAUGGUUUCUCCAGUCCGCCACGUAUUAAAGAUGAACCUGAUGAUGAUGGCUAUUAUGCAUCUCCCAAGGAGGACUCCAAACCCCUAAAGAGACCUCGGGAGGAGGACGAUGAUGAGUAUAAACCCAAAAAAAUCAAAACAGAAGAUAUCAAGAAAUCAAAGAAGAGGAAACAGGAGGAGGAAGAGGACAACAAAGCCAAGAAAACUAAGAGCAAAGAUAAGAAAGUCCCUGAAGGAGACAACAAGAAAAAGAAGCAGAAGAAAGAGGAAGAGCAAAAGUGGAAAUGGUGGGAGGAAGAGCGCUAUCCUGAAGGUAUUAAAUGGAAAUUCCUAGAGCACAAAGGUCCUGUGUUUGCUCCGCCAUAUGAACCUCUGCCUGAAAAUGUCAAGUUCUACUAUGAUGGUAAAGUAAUGAAGCUGAGCCCCAAAGCAGAAGAAGUUGCUACAUUCUUUGCAAAAAUGCUUGAUCAUGAGUACACUACAAAGGAUAUCUUCAGGAAAAACUUUUUUAAAGACUGGAGAAAGGAAAUGACUUCAGAAGAAAAGAGUACCAUCACCAACCUCAACAAGUGUGACUUCUCCCAGAUGAGCCAGUAUUUCAAAGCUCAGUCAGAAGCUAGGAAACAGAUGUCCAAGGAAGAGAAACAGAAAAUCAAAGAGGAGAAUGAGCGGUUACUAAAAGAAUAUGGCUUUUGUAUCAUGGAUAACCACAAGGAGAGGAUCGCCAACUUCAAGAUUGAACCCCCUGGUCUCUUCAGAGGGCGUGGCAACCAUCCCAAAAUGGGCAUGCUGAAGAGACGGAUCAUGCCAGAAGACAUCAUCAUUAAUUGCAGCAAGGAUUCCAAAGUUCCCCCACCUCCUCCAGGUCACAAAUGGAAGGAGGUCCGGCAUGAUAACAAGGUGACCUGGUUGGUGUCAUGGACAGAAAACAUCCAAGGAUCUAUUAAAUAUAUCAUGUUGAACCCCAGCUCUAGAAUCAAGGGUGAGAAGGACUGGCAGAAAUACGAGACGGCUCGGAGGUUGAAGAAGUGUGUGGAUAAGAUACGGAAUCAAUAUCGAGAAGACUGGAAGUCCAAAGAGAUGAAAGUGCGACAGAGAGCUGUGGCAUUGUACUUCAUUGAUAAACUUGCCCUGAGAGCUGGUAAUGAGAAGGAAGAAGGGGAGACAGCGGACACCGUUGGCUGCUGCUCCCUCCGAGUGGAACACAUUAAUUUGCAUCCGGAGUUGGAUGGCCAGGAAUACAUGGUUGAAUUUGACUUCCUCGGUAAAGACUCCAUCCGAUACUACAACAAAGUCCCCGUUGAGAAGAGGGUUUUUAAGAAUCUACAGCUGUUCAUGGAGAACAAGCAGCCUGAGGAUGACCUCUUUGACAGACUCAAUACCAGUAUCUUAAAUAAACAUCUUCAAGACCUUAUGGAGGGCCUGACAGCCAAGGUAUUCCGUACUUACAAUGCCUCCAUCACGCUACAGCAACAGCUAAAAGAACUCACUACCCCGGAUGAUAACAUCCCAGCAAAGAUCCUUUCCUAUAAUCGUGCCAAUAGAGCUGUUGCUAUUUUGUGUAACCACCAGAGGGCGCCACCAAAGACUUUUGAGAAAUCCAUGAUGAAUCUACAAACCAAGAUCGAUGCCAAGAAGGACCAGUUAGCCGAUGCCAGGAGAGAACUGAAAAGCGCCAAAGCUGAUGCCAAGGUCCGGAGGGAUGAAAAGUCCAAAAAGACAGUGGAGAGUAAGAAAAAAGCCGUGCAGAGGAUUGAGGAGCAGCUGAUGAAGCUGGAGGUUCAGGCCACAGACAGAGAGGAGAACAAGCAAAUUGCCUUGGGCACCUCCAAACUCAACUACCUGGAUCCCAGGAUCUCAGUUGCCUGGUGUAAGAAGUGGGGGAUUCCUGUAGAGAAGAUUUAUAACAAAACCCAACGAGAGAAAUUUGCCUGGGCAAUUGACAUGGCAGACGAAGAUUAUGAGUUUUAACCUGUUUUUAAUGAGCUGGAUUUUAUGGAAAAAGGGGUGGGGGGAAGCCUGGUUUUAGGGAGAUUGAUAAACUGUGAGCCUUACUUGUCCUAAUUGUGGGGGAGGGGGUAAGGAGGGGCAAGCGAGCAUCAGACAAAGAAACCAACAUCUUUGAGAAAAGAUAAACCUGGAAAUAUUAUAAAGGAGCUGAGCCAGUUGUCCUAUGGACAACUUAUUUAAAAAUGUUUCAGAGAUCCAAAUUCUAGCUGUAUGGUUUAGUUUGGUUUUGUUUUGUUUUGUUUCUCUCGAGGCAGGGCAAGUGGAUGGGGGAUUUGUCAACCUUCCACCAGGCAAAUUCAUCAUUACACUGAAUAGCUUGGGGGAUCUUUAGCUACUGUAUACAAAAUCCAAUUAUAUUGGUGCGUUUUUACAGUUAGGGUUUUGCAAUAACUUCUAUAUUUUAAUAGAAAAUGGACUCCUUAAACCCCUGCCCCUCCCUCUGCCCCAUUUCAGGAAUUUAACAAAAUUUUAAAACCCAACGCACCUGACACAGCUGUCACGAUGGUCAUGGAGGUACCUGCUUUUAUUUUAUUUUAUUUUUUGUUGGUUUUACUCAAAACAAUCGUGGCAUUGGAACAUGAAUUUAAUAAAAACGCAAAACAACCCACCACAUCUGUUCAAAGCAAAGCAUGAUGGGAAGAUGCUUCCUGACUUGAGUGUUCUUUUUUAAAUGUGAAUUUUUAUUUCUUUUAAUUAUUUUAAAAUAUUUAAACGUUUUUCUUCUUGAUCUUAAAGAUCGUGUAGAUUUUGGGGGGGAAAUGGGGAGGGAUGGAUGAGUGUGGGGGGGAGGGAUGAGUGUGGAAUUUGAGGAGAAAUGAAAUCAGUGACAAACAAUUUUCCCAUCAUCCUUUGUUCUGAGCAUGCUCUAUACACUUCAAGAAUACCCACUUUUUAGGUUUGGCAGACUGUUUUCUUUGCUUCCCCCCUUUUUUUUUAACCCCCCUCCCCUCUUUUACUUGAAAGAUUUUAUUGUGUAAAAAGAAGUUUCACAGGUCAAUAAAUUUCGAGGGAAAUGAGCAUUGGUCCAAAAAAGGAAAAAUAAUCAAGAUUUUAGGGCUUUUAUUUUUUUCUUUUGUAAUUGUGUACAAAAAUUUUAAAAAUUAAAAAGCAGAAUUUUAAUGUGAAACCUUUUUUUUUUUUUUUUGCUAUAAUCAUUAGUUUUAGAGGCAUUGUUAGCUUAGUGUGUGUGAGAAGACCAUUUCCCGCAGUCUUUCCUCAACAAGUAUCUUCUAUUUUUAUCAUGAAUUCCCUUUUAAUCAACUGUAGGUUAUUUAAAAUAAAUUCCUACAACUUAACCGAA